AUGACCAAGAUACUAAUGCAGAGAUUCCCUAACAGCAACAAAAUCAUCCGCCAUUCAAGUGACUAUGUAGCAAAACAGAUAAAAGCCAUAUAUAAUGCUGUAGGUGGAAGCAUGAAAAUCUGUAUUUGGAGGGCAUCCUUUGUCAAUGGGAUUAUACAGGUGGUGGUGUUGCUGCUCAUACUGGUGUGUCAUACUGUAGGCAAUACACAUUCUAUUAACUGCAGUACACUUGACGAUCCCCUCCCUAUACCUCAUAAACUUCACCAGCCAGGAGACCUUGUCAUCGGUGAGAUUGUUUCUCAAGUCUACUUUCACUAUAAUAGCCUGUCUUUCAAGGAACAGCCUAUACAUGUAUUGAUUGAUGAACCUAUCUACUACUCUACAAAGAUGACCUACAAAGCCACUCUGAGCCUGCUUUCGUCACAACAUAGGUUUGCCCCCAACUUCAAUUGUCACAAGAAGAGCAAUCUGAUAGCUCUUAUUGGAGGAUGCAUCUCUGAAAUUUCUACCAAUGUGGCCAUAAUUUCAGCCAUUCACAAGACUCCACAGCUCACUUAUGGAUCAUUUUUGACAACAGAGGAUGACAAAAGACUAUUCCCUUUUCUGUACCAGAUGGUACCAAAUGAAGCUCACCAGCACAAAGGAGUUGUGAAGUUACUUCAACAUUUCAGAUGGACAUGGAUUGGGCUCAUGGCUGUGGAUGAUGACAAAGGGGACAAGUUUUUACAGAAAAUAGUGCCAAUGCUUUCUCAGAAUGGUAUCUGUUAUGCCUUCAUUGUAAGACUACCAAAAUACUCUUACGUAGAUGAGUAUAUUGAUAUGCUUAUAAAGCAAUGGGAAAGCUAUUUAACUGUCAUCGAAAGAAAUGUCAAUGUAUUGCUCAUAUAUGGAGAAUAUCCAUCCUUUCGAGUUUUGAGAAUAUUGCUGUUUCUCGCACCCUUCUUGCCAAUGCCUCCUAUUAAUAAAGUGUGGAUUAUUACAUCCCAAUGGGAUUUUGCAUCACUAUCUGUUCAAAAGAUAUGGGAUAUACAAACUUUUCAUGGUUCCAUUUCCUUCACAAUUCACUCAAAUCAGCCCAAAGGAUUCCAAAAGUUCAUUCAGAUGGUUAGACCUUCCUGGUUUAAAGGAGAUGGUUUUAUUCAGGACUUCUGGGAACAGGCAUUCAGCUGUUCAUUAAAUGUGUCUAAAUGGGAAGAGAAGGAAAAAAUCUGCACUGGAGAGGAGAAUCUACAGAACCUUUCUGGAAUUCUGUUUGAAAUGAAGAUGACUGGCCACAGCUACAAUGUCUACAAUGCUGUCUAUUCUGUGGCACAUACUUUUCAUGCUAUGUAUAAAUCCCAUUCCAAACACAGAAGAUUGGAAGAAAGAGACAGACUUUUUUUUCAGAAUGUGCAACCAUGGCAGGUCCAUCAACUUCUAAAGAGGGUCUCAUUUAACAACAGUGCUGGAGACAUUGUGCACUUUGAUGACAAUGGAGAACUAGUUUCAGGUUUUGAUAUUACAAACUGGCUAAUGUUCCCUAAUGGCUCAGUGGUUAGAGUAAAAAUUGGAAGACUGGAACCUCAGGCUCCCCAGGGCACAAAGUUAUCUAUUAAUGAUGAACAAAUUGUGUGGCAUCAUAGCUUUAAUCAGGUGCUGCCCUUGUCUGUGUGCAACGAAAAUUGCAAUCCUGGCUACAGCAGGAAAAAGAAAGAAGGAGAGAAAUUUUGCUGCUAUGAUUGUGCUCUGUGUCCAGAAGGGAUGAUCUCUCAUGAGAAGGACAUGGAUGCCUGUGUCAAAUGUCCAAAAGAACAGUAUCCCAACAAGGACCAAAGUCAAUGCACUCCCAAGGUUGUAAACUACCUCUGUUACAAAGAGGAUUUAGGGAUCAUCUUAACUAUAUUGGCGAUUUCUUUCUGUUUGAUCACAAGUUUAGUACUUGGAAUUUUUAUGAAGUACAAGGACACUCCCAUAGUCAAAGCCAACAACCGAAUGCUCACCUACAUCCUCCUCAUCUCCCUUCUCCUUUGCUUCCUCUGUGCUUUGCUCUUCAUUGGACAGCCUGGAAAGGUGACUUGUCUUCUCCGACAAACAGCUUUUGGCAUUGUCUUCUCUGUGGCCCUUUCCUCUGUGUUGGCAAAGACUAUCACUGUGGUUCUGGCAUUCAUGGCAACCAAACCAGGAUCUAGAAUGAGGAAAUGGGUGGGGAAAGGACUAGCAAAUUCUAUUGUCCUUACCUGCUCCCUCAUUCAAUCAGGAAUUUGUACUCUUUGGUUAAGUACAUCUCCCCCAUUUCCUGAUAAAGACGUGCACUCACUGAAAGGGCAAAUCAUUGUGGAAUGUAAUGAGGGCUUACCUUCUAUGUUUUAUUGUGUUUUGAGCUAUAUGGGCAUUCUGGCCAUUGUCAGCUUUAUUGUGGCUUUCUUAGCCAGGAAGUUACCCGAUAGUUUCAAUGAAGCCAAAUUUAUCACUUUCAGCAUGUUGGUGUUUUGCAGUGUGUGGUUAUCCUUUGUUCCAACCUACCUGAGCACCAAAGGAAAAUACAUGGUGGCCGUGGAGAUCUUCUCCAUCUUGUCUUCUGGUGCUGGAUUACUGGGUUGCAUCUUUUCCCCAAAAUGCUACAUUAUUCUGCUGAGGCCUCAGCUGAACAACAAGGAGCAACUAAUAAUAAGAAAAGGUGAUAGAAUAUAA